AUGGCGUCGGUUUUACGCUGGGAUCGUUUAGGUGUACUGCUGUUGUUGAUGGACGCCUGUCUUCUCAAUGGAGUGCUAUCCUUGAAUGUGGUUGGGAAACCGGCCAAUCAGAGCUCAACUGCUCCAGAUGUUAGUGGCGAAACCUUCGUGGCAGGGAACGCUGUGGAUGGAAAUAAGUUAAGCACACUUUCGCAUACGGGUUAUAAUCCAGCGGGACUAAAGACAAAUCCAUGGUGGAGAUUGGACUUGGGAGCUAUCUACUGCUUGAGAACUAUCACCAUAUAUAAUAGACAAGACUACGAAUGCGGGAACCCCGCGCCCGAUUGUGCUCGCCGUUUAAUAGGUGCUAUAAUACGAGCAGGGUUGAAUCAAGAUCACCUAUCAAACAGAGCGAUAGGAACAGUCACUGAAGAGCAAGCCAUCGAUAGAACGCAACCGAUUGAGAUAAUAGCGAACCCGGUGGUCACCGCCCAUUUCGUCAGCGUGGAUAUCCCGGGUACAAAUGAAAUCCUUCACAUGCGUGAGGUCGAGGUUGGAGAAUACUUGGAUGAAGGAGGGGAUGGGGAUGUGGAGUUUACUCUUGUCACCAAUCCUGCUCUACUUGGUCAAACUGGAGACGCCAAUGCCAUAAUUGCAGCUUACAAAGGUCCCAACGAUAUCUCCGCUGAUGUCUCAUUCGGUCGUCAAGUGACAACAGGAGGGAGUAAUGACCUUCCGUCAGGGUCCAAUCAGCUACAAGAUCCACUCCUAGGAUGUCAGGUCAGACAGCUCAACCUACCCGAAGAGGAUGGGAUCGACAGAACGGGUGUCUUCUACUGUGAGGCGAGUAGAGCUGGCAGGACGAACACGAAGAUACUGACCGUAAUCUUGCCUAAAGAUGAAACCAACGUCCAUAUCCGUCCAGCAAAGAGAACGCAGGUAGCUAGUGUCUGGGACUCAGUUCGACUAGAGAUGCAAAAUGAACAUGCACCGAACACCAACUACAGAUGGCGGCAUAAUGGAAGUGAUGUCACAUCUUGGAAUGACCAGCUCAGUGUGUCUAUUGAUGAUGUUGCUGUGAGUGAUGGAGGAGUCUACAGCUGCUUCGUAUCUGACCAGGAGGAUCAACAACUGCGUGGCACCAUGAGGCUUAUUGUGCGAGGUUGUUCUUCGGGAAAGUGGGGAUCAGCAUCAUCUCACUGUCUCAAUGUCUGUCGUCGAUGCUACAACGGAGGCGUUUGUGAUGCCAAGACUGGAUCCUGUAUAUGUGCUCCGGGUUUCAGUGGAGAACAAUGUCAACAAGUACGCGGCCGCAAUGUCUUCGGUAAAAAUGGUGUUCAUAACUGUUCUGCUGGCGAUGAUCACGAUUAUGCUUGCCGGGGUCGUUUGUUUUGUCUUCCUGAUCCUUACGGAUGCUCAUGUGCUGCAGGAUUCACAGGACUAGAAUGCACGCAAGAAUGUGCCGAGGGGAAGUAUGGAGCUGACUGUAAGCAAACAUGUCACUGUGCAGGUACCUGCAGUAAGGAUACAGGAGAAUGCACCAACGGUGGUUGUGACUCGUCAUACUUCGGAAUCAAUUGUCAAUGCUCAAAUACGGAACCUUUCACAGGAGAAGUGAAAUCUACGUCCAUCAAGAAACGCAGCCUUGGUUUCUCGUGGAGUGUGCCAACAACAUGUGGAGGUCAGCCAGGUCCACCCAUCACCGGAUACCAAUACAAACUGACUGAUACGGUUUCCGAACAGCAAAUACCGCUUGCAUCCGAUUCUACUACUGACACAUCAGUUUUAUUAGAUGAGCUGAUACCGUAUGUUGAAUACAGUUUCCAAGUUGCAGUUGUCACCAGUGAAGGGACGGGAACGUACAGUAACAGUAUGGAUGUAAGGACAGCAGAAGCAAAACCAACAGUCCCUUUGAAUGUCAACAUCACGAAUGUCAGUGAAGAUUCCAUCACGGUUACUUGGAUGAAACCCGACCCCCCGCAAGGGAAUAUUACAGCAUACGACGUCGCCUGGACAUUGGGAGAUGAUCAUGACACACGUCAGGAGACAGCUGUGGGCAUCACCGUGGCGUACAGGAUCGAUGGCCUUCGAGUAGAUAAUACUUAUAAUGUUGAGGUGCGAGCAAAGACUGUAAUAGGGGAUGGUCCGUGGAGCGAAGUAAUCAAUGCGACAGUGGUAGGAGUACCAGGACCAUUACAAAAUCUUCACUGGACAAAUCGAACUGAUGAGCGGGUUACUUUGGAUUGGGAUCCGCCGCUAGCCCCUAAGGGACCAAUAAGUGGUUAUGUUGUACAAUACAGGGCAAUAGAAAGACCUUAUCAACCAGAUUUCACUCCAACGGAUACUUUCAUCAAAAAUGAAACGGCCAGCGCUCCAUUUGUACAGGACAAUCUCGAACCAAGUACACAAUAUGAAUUCAUCGUUUCAGCUAAAAACAUGUGGUAUAUGGGCGAGUCACAACUCUUGCAAGUUUACACUAAACCAUCGAAAGUAUCACGGCCGAAUGAUUCCACAGGACUUGCUGUAGGAAUGGUGUUUUUGGUGUUGGCACUGGUGAUAAUUAUUAUAGCCGCCAUCUUUGUUUACAAAAGGAGAACCACUCAAGCUAAAGACAUAUCUGAGGGUAGGGGAUCAUUGAUGCUGUCACUGGAACAGAGAAAUGAUGACGUGGCAGUAACUCAACCUAACGCAUACAAUGAGUGUGAUGAAGUGUGGGGUCAAUCUACACCUGCGGAACCAACUACACCUGCGGAACCAAUUACACCUGCGGAACCAACUACACCUGUGCCCGAGCCGAGGCAGAAGCCUUUCAAGAAUCCAGCACCCGUUCGCAUUGAUAAGCUAGCUGACUACAUAAAAACGAAGGAACUUGCAGGGGAAAGGGGAUUUGAGGCAGACUACAAGACCCUUUCAGACGGUCCGUUACACCCGUGGACAGUGGCAAAGAAGCCAGAAAACAGGCAGAAGAACCGAUUUGCCAACGUCAUCGCCUAUGAUCAUUCUCGCAUUGUCUUGACGCGUUUAGAGGAGGACCCUCAUUCGGACUACAUUAAUGCCUGCUACAUAGAUGGAUACAAAGAGACGGACAAGUACAUCGCCAGCCAAGGACCUAACAACGCAUCUCUCAAUGACAUGUGGCGGAUGGUGUGGCAGAUGAACGUGGAUAAGAUUGUCAUGCUGACGAAUCCGGUGGAAAAUGGAAAGGCAAAGUGUUUGCAGUAUUGGCCAACUACGGGAACGUCAACUUAUUCGGAUAUAUCUGUAGCGAUUGUCGACGAACGAGUUUUCCUGGAUCACACUGUUCGGCUUUUCAAAGUCAUUCAGAUCGACAAUGAAGACGAUUGUCGCUUUUUGAAGCAGUUUCACUACAACACCUGGCCAGACAUGAAACCACCUGAAUAUCCCGCUCCAUUGCUCAACUUCAUGCGAGUGGUGAACGCUGAACACAACGAAGGACGAACCAUUAUACACUGCAGUGCCGGCGUUGGUCGCACAGGGACCUACAUUUGCCUUGAGUCAAUGCUUGAACAGAUGAAACAGGAGGGACAAGUCAAUGUUCUUGCCUUCAUCCAUCGCAUGAGACAAAAACGGAUCAAGAUGGUACAGACUCCGGAGCAAUACAAAUUUCUCUUCGACGCCCUCCUUGCGGCCUCUAUGACUGGCGAGACUACCUACGAUAUGACAAACUUCCGUCGACAGCUGACUACUCUGAAGAAGACCGAAACUGGUUCCAAGAAAACAGGCAUAGAGAAACAGUACAAGACGUUGGGUGAAGUGCAACUGAGUCGUCGCAAUAACCGCAGCAGAUCAGCACAGCUACCAGAGAAUGCAUCCAAGAACAGAUUUCCAGAUUUUAUUCCAACUGAUCGAUCCAGACCAUUCUUGAUGACCGACGUAAGCGAAGAUGAUACCAAUUACAUCAACGCAAGCUUCCUCCCGGGCUAUCGCAAGAAGGACAGGUACAUCGCGACCCAGAUGCCGAUGCCCAACACCACUGCCGACAUUUGGCGUCUGGUGUACGACCACAAAGCGACUUGUAUCGUCAUGCUGAACCCUUUGGAUGAGAACGACAAAACAAUGAGUCGUUACUGGCCAGAAGAGGGACCAAUCGAAUUUGGCUCGCUGCUAGUGAAGCUGUUACAGACUACACAGUACAAGGGUGUUACUGGGCGCACGUUUUCUCUACGCAACAACAAAGCCAAAUCUGAGCCCAUACGAACUGUCUGCCAGUUCCAUGUCCAAGACUGGCCGUCGGAUCAGCCGGUGCCCAGAUCUCGACAAGGAUUACUCACUCUCAUGGAGGUGACUCAAAAAUGGCACGAGGAAAGACCACCCAUCGUGGUUCACUGCAUGAAUGGAUUUGGUCGCUCUGCCGUGUACUGCACCCUGAUGUCGGUGAUGGAACAGUUGCAAGAGGAGAAUGUUGCGGACGUGUUUCAAGCCGUUCUUCGCCUCCGAGCAGUUAACGGCAGCAUGAUGUACUCUGUGGACCACUAUGCGACGUGCUACGAUGUGUUCCAGGCCAACUUGGACUCGUCCACUGUCUACGAGAAUCUCUAGACACAGAUUCUCCCAGUGGUAAUACACUUCAUCAAGAUAUUCUAAAAAACUUAAUUUGCCAAUUUCUGCCAAGUAACGCUAAGCUGUGAAUUAAGAUAGCUGUAACUUGUAAGGAACUUAAUUAAUGUUGCUUCCAUAGUUUAAUAGCCCUACUUCAGGCCUACUCCCAAUUUGGUUUAUUA